AAUUAUUAACACCUUCAUUCUUCUUCUUCUUUUAUGAAUUUCACUCUCGAGCUGGCGUCGGCUUUUUCAGGUUGUGGAAGUGCUUCUGAAGUGCCCCCCCCCCCCUCCUCCCCUCCUCCCCCCCUCCCUUUUUCUGCCCACUCUCUCUGUCUGCAUUGGUCAUUUUCAGUCGCUUCUGAAAUAGCUCAGCACAAGUAAUUUAAAAAAAAGAAGAAGAAGAAAAAAAAAGAAAAUUAAGUCUCUAGCCAGUUUUUCUUGUGUGUCACGUUGACUCCACAGAAGAAGAACCAUCCUCCCACAGCUCCUGCAGACCGUUAAAAGGUGUAAUGAGAGCGCUGGUCAUGGACAGAUGAUGGACGUGGAGGCGACGUCGUACUCAGACUUUAUCAACUGUGAUCGCACAGGCCGCAGGAACGCAGUGCCCGACAUCGCAGGCGAGGGGAACGCAGGGGCCAGCACCAGUGAACUCACCAAAGACCUGGCAGAGAUGGACCUGAAGGCUGCAGGAGACCCGGGGGCCUCGCCAGCCCCUGCGGCCGAGGGCUCCACUAGCCAAGACGCCCAGGGAGGUGGAGGCCCGUCCUAAACUCAGCCGGAGGCCGAAGGGGGGCAGAGUCAAGGAGUGAUAUGUAGAUUUUGGAAGCAAGAGAAAGUGGAGAGAUGGAAAGGAAAAAGGAAAAAUGAAAGAGUGUUUAUUGGUUGUCCUAACCGGGCACGAGGACACCUUCGCUCACUGCCGGCUUGUUUGGAGCUCUCGGUGGCCCGAAUGCACGACUUUUUAUUGGAUCCGAUUGUAACACACGGGGAACAGAACAGAACAGAGUAGAACUGACAGUUGAGAUGCUGCUCUUUUUGCUUUGUACUCUGUUAGUCAUUUAUAUUCCUGACGCAACAAGAAAGCACAGAAACUUUGGAUGUCUGUGGAGAUGGAUGGAGCUGAACAGAAAUACAUUUAUAACACUCGAAACAUCGUUCCAGCCUAAUAUGGAACUGUGUCAUGGAGGGCGUAUUCAUAAUCAUCUGUUUGUCAUUUUCUUUCUUUCUAUGUCAGUGUGUGUGUGUUUGUGACCCUCUUGUUCUAUUUCAUUGUCUUUUCUUUUUUUUUUUUUCUAGUACAAAAGCAUAGUCACCAUUAUACUGUCGUGUACGGACUUCAUAUUUAUUGCUAAAUGUUCAGUGAUAACUUUGUGAUAGCAAUUUUCUUUGUGUAAUAAAAUACUUAUGAAUCUA